UGCUCUGUAGGGGGGCCAACUUCACGGAGCUCUGUAAGGAAACUAUUAGAAAAACAGCGCCACAUUGUGGACUAUUUUAGUAUUGUGAGUUUUCCAAGUGGUGUUUUAUUUUUAACCAUUUAGUUUUGUAUUACUUUAAUUUAUGUCAUAUAUUAGCACGUAGCAAGUAUUGUCACACACACACAAUAUGUAUUUUAGCUCAUCAGUUUAAAUUUUCUAACAACAUUUUCCUGAUACAUUCCACUGUAACUUUCCUGAGGAAUUCAAUUUUCCAGCCAGGACAAGAGGUUGAAAAGUUUUACACGCACAGAAACAGCUAAUGAAACACUUUUAAUUUUUUUAAUCAAUUUUAGUAAUGUUUAACACGACACCGUGACGGAUAAUACAGUAAAUUGAUUUUCUCAAGGGGAGGCGCCAUAGUUUUGAAUCUGUGACGUAAGACAUGCGACGGAUGUGUUGAUUCUCAGUCGCACUGAGACAGAAGCCAUGAUGGUGUCAGGAGAAUCAUGAAACUAUUGCGAAUUUGAGUUUCAGACUAAUUUGAAACUUAAUACAGUUGACUGUUUUUCUGCUAUUACAUUUAUUAAUUUACCGUUGCUUUUGCGGUGAUACAAAAUGAGCGACGAUUUGGACGCAAUUCCCGAAAGGGAAAUGAAGGAUUUUCAAUUUAGGCAGAUGAAGAAGAUCCGCAUUUUUGACACCCCAGAGGAGUUGCCGAAAGAAAGGUCUAACCUGCUUGCAGUUUCCAACAAGUAUGGGCUGACGUUUAUAGGCUAUGACACGGAGCUCAAAGUGUUCCAAACCUGUGACAUCGUUGCAGCAAACCGGAUUGAGGGCAAUCCCAACGAAAUAGUGGAGGGUGUAAAUGGUACAAGCGUUGCUCUGGAAUCUCCUGUGCACCAUGUGGCUCUGAGCUGUGAUGAGCUCACCCUGUCGGUGUGCACGCUGUCCGCUGAGGGGGGGGGGAAAUUGUCUUUCUUUGACGUCCGAACUCUGCUCAAUAAGGCCAGGCCAGAGAAGCUGCCGUUCACCAGCCUCAGGCCGGCCGUGCAGCCGGGGACCUCGGUGAAGGACCUGAAGUGGAACCCGGCCCUGCCCUCCCUCCUGGCGGCCUGCCUGUCCGACGGCAGCAUGCUGGUUCUGGAGGUCCUGGACAGUGCCAAGCUGCAGGCUCAGUUGCCCCCCACUGAGGGAAUCACAUGUGUCUGCUGGAGUCCCAAAGGCAAGCAGGUGGCUGCUGGAAAGAAAAAUGCCACUGUGACCCAGUAUUCCCCUACCCUGCAAGAGAAGAAAGUGAUCCCCUGUCCACAUUUCUACAGUUCUGACAAUCAAGCUAAAGUGCUGGAUGUGCUGUGGCUCAGUACCUAUGUGUUUGCUGUGGUGUACACGGCUGCCGACGAUGCCUUGGAGACUCCCCCAGACCUGGUGGUGGUCUCCCUUCCUAAAAAAGAUGAGAAGCGAGAGGAAAGGUACCUGAACUUCAACGAUAUUGUUUACGGGUCCUGCACCGAGAGACAGCACCAUUACUUCCUGAGCCACGUAGAAGACUGGGACAUAGUCCUAGCAGCAUCAGCAGCCUCCAUUGAAGUCAGCAUCAUCGCCAAGCAGGAUGACAAGACAAGCUGGGAACUGUGGCUGUUGGAGGAUGCCAGCAGGGCUGAACUUCCCGUGACGAUGAACAAUGACGACACCCUGCCCCUGGGGGUGGCCAUCGAUUACACCAGCCAGGAAGAGAUCCCUAUCAGUGAGGAGAAGACACUUCCUCCGGCCCCAAUCCUGAUGCUGUUGUCCACUGAUGGGGUUCUGUGCCCCUUCUAUCUCAUCAACCAGAACCCAGGGGUGAAGCAGCUGUGCACUGUGCCAGUCAGCCUGCCCGUGGAGGGCGAGAGGCAGCCCAGCGCCAGUGCUGGCUCUCCUCCACCUUACAGUGCAGGAAUACCAGCAGGACCCCCUGCGCUCAGGCCUCCAGCCUCGACCCCGGCUCCCACCUCUGUGCUGUUUGCCCCAGCCGGGCCCCCUGCUGCGGCUCCGGGCCCCGGUGGCGGUCUGGGCUCAGGGUUCUCCUUCGCGUCCGCCGCGCAGCUCCCCACAGCCCCCUCCGCCUUCUCUCUGGGCUCCCCGGCCUCCUGCAGACCGGGCCCGGCUGCCCCCUCGUCCGGAGCUGCAGGCUUCUCCUUCACCGCCGCGGCCCCCAGACCCCUGUCCUCGGCCCCCUCUGCCUCGGCCUUCUCCUUCAGCGCCCCCGCAGCGAAGCCCGCGGGCGAGAGACCCUCCGGGCCGCCAGUCGGCUCCUCGCCCCUGGGCGGCUUCAGGAGCGUCCCCGAGCCGGCCACGCCCGCGGUGAAGACGAACCUCAGUGAGAGGUUUUCGGCUGUGGACACUCCUGCCCCAGCAGCAGGGGGCCCUCAGCAGUUCUUCACCCCCGCGCCCAAGGCCAGCUUCCCGGGGCCGGUCAACCAGUCCACCCCAUUGCCAGGCUCCAGCAAGGCUGCCGCCAGCUCAGUCCCUGCCCGGCAAGCACAGACUUUCACACCCACGCCGGUGGUACAGAAGCCAAGCUCCUCUGCUCAGGCCCCAGUCAGAACAGCCACUCCUCAGCAGACCCCCGUCUCAGUCAAGACUCAGCUGGAGAAACAGCUGCAGCAGAGGAAGGAUUCUGACCCCAUCAUGACAGGAAUACUGGAGGAGAUCGCUCACUUCCAGAAGGAGCUGGAUGACCUGAAAGCUCGUACAGAGAAGGCGGAUUUCAGCGUGGGCAACCCAGGGCAGAUGAAGGAGCUGAGGAAUGAAUCGGAGGAUCUUCACACCUUCAUCCUGGAGAUCAAAGAGACGACUGAGUCUCUCCAUGGGGACAUCAGCACUUUAAAGACAAGCAUGCUGGAGGGAUUUGCGGGCGUAGAGGAAGCCAGAUCGCAGAAUGAGCUCAACAAGGAUCGGGAAUACUUGCAGCUGCUGUACAAGAAGCCUCUGGACCCCAGGAGUGAGGAGCAGUUGAAGGAAAUUCGGAGGUUGUACCAGUACAUCAAGUUUGCUGUGGAAGAUGUGAAUGGCGUCCUUGAUCUGGAGUGGGAGAAGCAGCUUGAGAAGAAGAAGAAACAGAAGCAUCUUGUCGUUCCGGAGAGAGAAGCUUUGUUCAAUGCCCUUGCCAACAACCUGGGCAUCAUCAAUCAGCAGAAGCAGAAGCUUGGCUUGCUGGUGAAAAGCUUGCAGGAUCUCAGGCUGUAUAGCAAGACCUCCCAGCGGAGCGUUUCUGGCCAGGCCUCGCCGCAGCCCACUGUGCAGGGAUUGGAUAAUGAACUGGAGAGUUUGCGCCGUGCCCUGCUGAAAGCCAGUUUAGAAACCAGCCCCAAAGCACCUUCCAAAUCUCCAGCUAAAAUGUCUCCGGUGAAGCAGUCCCAGCUGAGAAAUUUCCUUUCCAAGAGGAACACCCCUCCUGUUCGAUCCACAGCUCCAGCAAACCUGUCCAGGUCAGCCUUCCUCUCGCCCAAGUAUUUCGAGGAUCUGGAUGACGUCAGCUCCACCUCCUCGCAGUCCCAAGCCCUGGAGCCCGAAGACCCGCAGGCGGAGGAGCUGGAGGAGAGCCCCCUGUCUGUGCCGCGACACCCUGCUGUGGUGCGCACGCCCUCCAUCCAGCCCGGCUUCACCGCCCAGUCCACCCCCUUCAGCAAGGUCCACGCGGGCCUCGGGCCGGGCCCUGUCCCUGGUCCUGCCUCCAUCCUCAGCCCAGUGCCGACUCCUAAGAUCAGUGCUGGGGGUGCGGACAGCACGGCUCUCGCCACGAAGACCGUGAAGCACGGCGCGCCGCCGGCAGACAGGGGCCUGGCGGUCCUGGUGCCGGCCCAGCAGGCAGCUGCCGCGGCCGCCCUGCGCAGACAGAUGGCCAGUCAGAAACCAGCCGUCAGCACAUCCCUCACAGAGUCCACUCUGAAGAACGUCCCGCAGGUGGUGAAUGUCCAGGAGCUGAAGGACAAAGGCCCAGCCCCGCCUGUGUCAACGGUCAUCAGCUCAUCUGUUCCAGCUCCAGCUGCUCAGGUUGUCCAGCAGGUAUUGGCAACGGUGGCAACAAACCAGGCAAAACGGACUCAGAAUUCAUCCCAAAAUACACUGAAGGCUGCAGGCCCAACAACUGGCAGUUUAACCUCUCUACAGUCUGGCUUUGUUUUUGGUGGGUCUGUGAAAAAUGAAACCCCAGCGGCCCUCCCUGCUUCCAGUUCUGUCCCCAUCCUCGGAGAGCAAACCAGUAAAACAUUCUCCUUCUCUUCCGCUGCGUCUGGUGGCGGAUUUGGGUUCUCUUCUCUCAACGCUUCUUCAGCUGCUACAACUCAAGGAAGUGGGAACUCUCAAGGAAAGGACGCGAGCCAGCUGAGUAAGUUUUCCUUCGGAACCGGCACAGCGAAGAUGGUGUUUGGGUCCGGAGGAGAGGGCGCUUUCUCUUUCGCCCCCAAACCCGCCCCUUCGGCCGCUGCCAGAUCCACCCCCACGGCCGGCGUCGGCGGGGAGCCUUCGCUCGGCAGCAAGCCGGCCCCGCCCACAGCUGGCAGCAAGCCAGAGGCCCAGCCCUCCAAGUCGGGGAAUGGGCUUUUCCAGCCCACGGUGGGCGGGGAGACGCUCGGGAGCUUCUCGGGCCUCCGCGUCGGCCAGGGAGACGAAGAAGCGAAAGAAGCACCCAAGGGCGGCAGUGCAGGGUUCAGCUUCGCCCAGGUGGAAGCGGAGCCCCCUGCGGGCAACGUGGCCGACUUCAGUUUCGGAAGCACGUUCCAGAUGGGGAAACCUGCAGAUUCUGCCUCCAAGGAAGCCGUUUCCUCCGCUGCUGCCGAUACUCCUGAGGCCGUGGGUGCCGUGUUUGGGAAUGUCCAGGCCGCCGGCCUCUUACCUUCAUCUGGAGUGUUCAAGCCAGCGGAACCGGCGGGGCCCGGUCCUGCCAAACCGGCUCUCUCGUUUAGUCAGCCGAGCGGCACCUCUGCAGCGCCCCCUGCUGCUGUCACUUCUUUCAGCAGCCUCCUCGUCUCCUCCCCAGCGGCCCCAGCUCACGGCAGCAGUGGGGAAGCAGCCAGGCCCUCUGCAGCAGGAACAGAGCCUCCUGCGGCGGCGGAGCCCGUGAAGCCCGUCGCACCGCAGGGCGCGGACCGUGAGGGCUCAGUCUCCCUGCCUGCGAAACCUGCUCCUGUGGACGGCGGCGUCCCAUCGUCGGCCCCGGCUCUGCCUGCUGACGAGACCCGGGUCGUGACAGCCCCUGAAAAGCUGCCUGCUGCUCCUAAGGAGCCCGCUGCUCUCUCUGCUGCUCCUCCUCCAGCAGCUCCAGCGGCUUCUCCCACUCCGGUUUCCACAGCGCCUGGCGCCCCUCCAUCAGAGGGAGCCCCAGCCUCCAGUGCCAGUCCUGCCGCUCAGAGCUCUCCUUCGCCGGCGCCUCUGCCACAGCAGCCUUCUCUGUUUGGGCAGCCCCCCAGCUCCGACAGGCCGGGCUCCAUCUUCACUCAGACUCCGGUCAGCACCCAGGGCACCACCUUGGGGGUUUCUAGUUUGUCCCAGGCCGUAACCACAGUCGCCUCGCCCGCUGCCCCAACCCCGACCUCAACGCCGGCCGCCACCGCGGUGACCGCUUCUAUCUUCGGACAGCCCCCCGCGGCCACCACCUCGGCGCCACCGGCCCCCUCUGGGUUUGGCUCCUCGGGUUUUGAUGCCGGGUUUGGGAAGCCCGUGUUCGGGCAGACGGCGGGCUUUGGGCAGCCGGCCAGCGGCUCGGCCAGCACCUUCAGCUUCGGACAGGCCGCCUUCGGGUCGAGCCCCGCCUUUGGGCAGCCAGCUGCGUCUGCACCAGCGUCCAGCAGCGGUGGGAUCUUCGGGUCGGCCAGCACCAGUAGCGCCAACAGCUUCUCCUUUGGGCAGCUGGCCGUGAGCAGUGCCAGCAGCACCGGGGGCAGCCUCUUCGGCCAGAGCGGCGCUCCCGCCUUUGGGCAGAGCUCGACGUUCGGCCAGUCCUCCGCCGUGUUUGGAAGCAACACCACAACGACCUCUUCCACCGGCUUCGGCUUCGGGCAGUCUUCAGGUUUUGGCAACGCGCCCAGUACUUCCGUGUUCGGCCAGCCGCCCAGUGGCAGUAGCGUCUUUGGCCAGCAGCAGUCUUCCACUGGAGGGGGGCUUUUUGGAUCAGGAAAUAACAGCAGCUCUGUGGCCGGGGGAGGGGCGGGUGGAGGGGGCGGCUUCUUCAGCGGCCUGGGGGGCAAACCCAGCGAGGACGCCGCCAAUAAAAACCCAUUCGGGUCGACUUCCUCCGGAGCCUUCGGUCAGGCCAGUCAAGCAGGAACCAGCAGCCUGUUCGGGAACAGCGGAGCCAAGACCUUUGGCUUUGGAAGCUCUUCAUUUGGGGAGCAGAAGCCAAGUGGGACCUUCAGCACAGGAGGGGGGACUGUGGCGGCACAGGGUUUCGGCUCUUUCUCCACUCCGGCCAAAACAGGUGGGUUUGGGGGCACUCCAGUGUUCGGCAGCCCUCCCUCCUUCGGGGGAUCCCCAGCUUUCGGAGGGGCGCCAGCAUUCGGCUCCGCCCCAGCUUUCAGCAGCCCCCUGGGUUCCACCGGAGGCAAAGUUUUCGGGGAGGGGACGGCAGCGGCCAGCGUCGGAGGAUUUGGCUUCGCUUCAGCUUCCAAUGCUCCGAGCUUCAGCAGUCUGGCUGGUCCGUCUUCCUUUGGCUCCCUGGCUCAGCAGGGCUCCGGGUUUGGAGCCCAGAGCUCCGGCUUCUCUGGGUUCGGAUCCUCAGGAGGAGCUUUCACUGGCAGCGGGUUUGGAUCCACCAAUCAAUCUUCUUCUCAAACAUUCGGCAGUUGGAGAAGCUAGUUUUUUAGGAAGCUGCUGUGAUCCCAAGCGUGCACCUCUGCCCCACUUCUGCAAUCAAGCUUUUUUAAAAGUGUGCUCGUGGCACCUAGUCAACUCAUAACUCUCUCUCGGUCUGCAAGCCGCCAGUUGGUGUGAUCCUGCAGGAUUGCUCUGUGCACCACAAAACAAAUGUAAAAGAGUGUAUUUGAGUGCAAGGGUGUCCGUGUUUAUGUUUGUGUGGGUUCAGCCAUUUUUUCUUUCUUUGCCUCAUCUACAAGGAGAUCAGUCCAAAGAAGACUAUUAGAAUUUGUUAAUCUUGGGUCACUGAGCUUCGCGCGAUUGUUGAGCUGUCAUGGCUGAUGCUCUUCGAUGUCGGCGGGUCAUGAAUUCUGAUCCCAGUCUUGGCCUGUGGGUUUAGGAUGGUUUAAAAAAAAAAGAAAGCACAGCAAGUUUCCAGCUCUAAUGUUACUGUCCUCCUGUCACACGAUCAGGGUUUGAUCUUUCACUGUGCCCACAUGGGAAUGCAGGCAGAUUACAGCUGGAAGCAGUUCCUCCAAAGCCAGGAGAGAAAAACCAUAAGUAGAUUAAUUAAUUGUAAUGGCAUCACACAUUCCAUUGUACACAUUUCCCACCCUCGGGUUCCCCAGAACAUGGCUGUCACCUCUAUGACCUGAACCUCAAUGACACCUACACUACGUCCGUAUUUGUUCCGUCAGAAAAGUAAUCUUGGAGAGGUUGAAAUGCUCUCCUUCAACCUUUCAUUUGUAAUGCAUACUUGACAGUUUGGUUUGUGUGCUUUUUAGUGUGUGGUUCUUUCUGUUUAGAAUAUCAUAUAUGCACACACUGUUUCCAAAAUCCCUCCUGAAAGUAGGAUUCUUCACAGUGACAGGAAAUGAUACCAGAAAGUAGAUUCGAGUUUCCACAUCAUAGUUUAAAAAUGGCCAGGAGGCCUAGAGUACAGCUCCAUUACUCCUGUUUGAAUUUUAUAUUUUCAGUCAAGCAUGACCUGUUUCAGUGCUUAAAGAGCAAGUACAAGCAUUAUAGCAAGUCAUUUGUCCCCAUGUAUUGACGAGUUCAUACAUUUGCUUUUUAACAUACAGGGAUUAUCAUUUUUUGCCGCAGUUGUCACUUUGCUAAUUUUGCAUGUAGGUUGUCUUCUAACAAGACAAUAAAUAUAUGAACAGUUAAAAACAUGAGAAUGAGCAGUAGAGCAUUAUGGUUUUACAAUAUAAUUUAUAUUUACAUCUAAAAGAAUGUUUUUUAAUGGUGUUAUUUUAGUUAUAUUAAACAGUUAACAUUGAACCACAAGAUCAAUGUGUGUGUUUAAUAUUGCCUUCCAAUUUAUUGCCGUUUUGGCAGUACAUUGGGGAAAGGGGGGACACUGAUUGGAGUGAGGUUGUAAACUGCAGAAUUCCAGCAGGAGAAGCUAAUUUAAUAAAUUGUUCAUUUCUUGAUAGUAAAUGGAGAGAUGUUCUGCUUGAAGCUUAUGGGAUAUUUCAGUCUAAACAGAAAAAGACAAUCACACAGGGCAAACAGAAAUAUGACAUGGGAAUGGAGUGACAAAACAAUGCUAAUUUUAUAAGAGUCCUUAAAAUAUUAUUAAGCUUAAAACAAAACUUGAGUUCAGUAGCUGUUAGGCAUAGUCACGUGACUGUCACGUUUUUGGAUGUUCUUCUGUGAUGACAGUACAGAGAUGCUAAAAGGAUUUUUGGUUUUAAAUUCUUAUUUAAUUUCCCCUUGAGGAAGAAAGCUCUGAACCGAUUCUGAUCCUGCUCAGAAUGGGAUCAAGUCUUAGGAGCAGCUUGGCAAGGUUAUGCUGUGUAAAUCCAGGUGUUAAAAGCAGUAUUUCAUGAAUCUAAAGAAAGGGUGUGUUCAGUGACUGCUUCGUACUAUGUUCCUCUUGGUAGUUCAGAAUAAAAUUGAACUGUGAGAAAGUUAAAAUACGAGUUAUUUAUUUUGUUUUAAAUGGAAAACUGGUUUAAACAUAAAAGUGCAUCAGAAAUGGACAGCUAUGUUUUCUUAACUUUUUUUGUUUCAUUGUGAAAUAUAGCCCAAGCACAGAGAGUGAAUGUAUGUCCAGACUACCCGGUUGAGGGGGCUGAGAAUAUACAGUAUGAACAGACUUCAAAAGCUCCUUUUCAUUGCUUUUUCUGAAUAACUUCAUGAUCAUAAUUAAAGCACAAAUUAAGGUCAAUUGUACUUUUCUAAUGAUUUCCAAUUUUGGGAUAAAACCUUUUAAUUUUUAACUGUAUUUCAUGUGUGUCAUUAAGGAGUAAAAUGAUGCUAUUUUUAUGGGGUUUUUUUUAUUUUAGCCUCAUCAGUGUAACAGAAAACUUAAGCUUUGCCUUAAUGAUUUGCAUGUGUAUUGUUCUACUUAAAAGACUGCCUUGAGAUAGAACGUCUAUGGCUUUUCCAUUUUCAUUGUCUGAGUUUGUAAUAUGGAUAAUUACUUUAUGUAAUUGCUUUUGAAAAGGGAUGAAUAAAAGAGCAGUAAUUAACUGGCCACAUCCAAAAUGGUAAAGAAUCUGAAUGUUAGUUCAGUGAAAAAUAAACAGAGGCUCUGUAAAGGCA